ACACACCAAGGGAGUCUUGCCCGGGCAGCAUGGCUCGCAAGCGCCCGGCGGGCAGGAAGCCGCGGGGAUGCGGAGUGCGCGGCCCGAAGGCCAAGGGCAGGAGCACGGCCAAGCCCGAGGAGAAGGAGGCGGAUGUCUCUGAAGAUGAGAAACCAAAACCUCCAAAGAAGAGCUGUCUCUCAAAAGGUUCACAAGGAAAGAGGAAGAGAGGCUGCAGCAAUCCAGAGCAUCCAGCAAAAAAGAAAGUGGCCAAGAUGACUGUUAGAUCUGAAAACCUCAAGGUUGUAAAGAAGGCAGCCCUCAGUGAUGGGGAAGAUUUCAGGGAUUUUCCAGGUGACUCUAAGAAGACAAAACAUCCAAAGAGAGAGGUGGCUUUGGACAAGGACAACGAUGAAGAGGAAGAAAGUGAAGAUGACUGGGAAGAGGUUGAAGAACUUAAUGAGCCUGUGCUGGGUGACAUGGGAGAAAAUUCAUCCUUCUCUCCAUCUGUUCUGCCUGUGGAGCCUGUGGAGAUAGAAAUUGAAACACCAGAGCAGGCGAAAACAAGAGAAAGAAGUGAAAAGAUAAAAAUGGAGUUUGAGACAUAUCUUCGGAGGAUGGUGAAGCGUUUCAACAGAGAAGUCCAUGAGCACACACAUAAGGUUCACUUGCUGUGCCUGCUGGCAAAUGGCUUCUAUCGAAAUAACAUCUGCAGCCAGCCAGACCUGCUUGCUAUUGGCCUCUCCAUCAUACCAACCCGCUUCACCAAAGUGCCACCUCGUGAUGUGGACAUCUGCUACCUCUCGAACCUCAUGAAAUGGUUCAUUGGAACAUUUACAGUUAAUGUGGACCUUUCAGUCAAUGAGCAAGACAGCCUACAGACAACGUUGGAAAGGAGAUUUGCUAUUUACUCUGCUCGAGAUGAGGAAGAGUUGGUCCAUAUAUUUCUGCUGAUUCUUCGGGCUCUACAGCUGCUGACCCGAUUGGUGGUGUCUCUACAGCCAAUUCCCCUGAAGUCAUCCAUGGCAAAGGCAAAGAAACCUUCUAAGGAGAGGUCCACAGCGGGUCUUGGAGGCUUCUCAGAACCUUCCAGCCAAGUUCCAGAAAACCAUACCAAACCAAAGACCAGCAAGAGAACCAAACAAGAGGAAACCUUUUCUAAGGGCACUGGCAAACCAAGUGCCAAAGGGAAGAGAAGCAAGGUAGCUACAGGCAGCAAGAAAUGGAGAGAGUCCUCCUCCAGUGAGGAAGAUCUGGGAGGAUCAAGGGAGCAGCGGAAGGAAACUCAGAGACGUCUAAGUGGCCGAGAGCGGCGGGUGGCCUCCGGGGUGUCCUAUAAAGAGGAAAGUGGGAGUGAGAAGACUGGCAGUGGCUCUGACUUUGAACUUUCCAGUGGGGAAGCCCAUCAUUCUUCUGAUGAAGAUUCUGAAUCUGGCCCUCCAAGGCAGAGGAGGGCUUCAGCUCCUCAGGGGACAAAGGCUGUGUCCAAGAGCGACUCCAGGACCCAGAGUGGAAGCCACCAUAAACAGCCAGGCUUUUCAGCAGUAUCUUCAAGGUCUUUGAGCAGUAAGAGAGGCAAGAAAAUUUCCAACGAAGGUGAUAUUGCUGAAGGAAGGAAAACUAUUGGUGUAGAUCAGUGGUUGGAGGUCUUCUGUGAGCAGGAGGCAAAGUGGAUAUGUGUAGACUGUGUGCAUGGGGUGGUGGGUCAGCCUCUGACCUGUUAUAAAUAUGCCACCAAGCCCAUGACCUAUGCUGUGGGCAUCGAUAGUAAUGGCUGGGUCCGAGAUGUUACUCAGAGGUAUGACCCAGCCUGGAUGACUGCAACCCGCAAGUGCCGGGUUGAUGCUGAGUGGUGGGCUGAAACCUUGAGACCUUACCAGAGCCCGUUGGUGGAAAGGGAAAAGAAAGAAGAUUUGGAGUUUCAGGCCAAGCACCUGGACCAGCCUUUGCCCACUGCUAUUGGCACAUACAAGAACCACCCUCUGUAUGCCCUGAAGCGACACCUCCUGAAAUACGAGGCCAUCUACCCUGAGACAGCGGCAAUCCUUGGGUAUUGUCGUGGAGAAGCUGUGUACUCCAGGGAUUGUGUGCACACGCUGCACUCCAAGGACACGUGGUUGAAACAAGCAAGAGUGGUGCGGCUUGGAGAAGUGCCCUACAAGAUGGUGAAAGGCUAUUCCAACCGAGCCCGGAAGGCCCGGCUUGCUGAGCCCCACCUGCAAGACCAUAAUGACCUGGGCCUGUUUGGCCACUGGCAGACAGAGGAGUAUCAGCCCCCCGUAGCUGUGGAUGGCAAGGUGCCACGGAAUGAAUUUGGGAAUGUGUACCUCUUCCUGCCCAGCAUGAUGCCUGUCGGCUGUGUCCAGCUGAACUUGCCCAAUCUGCACCGUGUGGCCCGCAAGCUGAACAUUGACUGUGUCCAGGCCAUCACUGGCUUCGAUUUCCAUGGAGGCUACUCCCACCCUGUAACUGAUGGGUACAUCAUCUGUGAGGAGUUCAAAGAUGUGCUCCUGAGCGCCUGGGAAAAUGAGCAGGCACUCAUUGAAAAGAAGGAGAAGGAGAAGAGGGAAAAACGGGCUCUGGGGAACUGGAAGCUGCUGGUCAAAGGACUGCUCAUCAGGGAGCGGCUGAAACUUCGCUAUGGGGCUAAGGUGAGGAAACAGGCUCAGAGAGGAUAAGAUGACAGGUCAAGGUCUAUAGCAGGUAAGAGGCUUGGGCUGAGGCAUAAUGCAUGAUGUCCUCACCUGGGCCCUUGCACUCUCCUGCCUUGGCACCAGAGUCCUGGCAUCUAGACUUUGGGGCCCGGGUUUCCUCUCAGGGCUGAGUGCCUAUCUACAAUGGCAGAGAUGGCCUUCCGGGGGAGUUAGGUAACCACGGGGCUCACCCACCACUCUCUGGGGGCAGCUCUGAGACCUGAGUGAGAGUGCCUGAGAAGGCUGCAAGCCUACAGCUGGGCAAGAGCUCUGGGAGAGAGAACAGGGGCCUCCUAAUUUUAGAAAGUCCCUAGGGUGACUCAUGACCCAUCAGCCUGGGAAGUGGAAGCCCCACCGAGUCUGGUAACCAAACCGUGAAACAACCUUACCACACCUCAUUCUUGCCAGGUGCAAGGAGUGACAAACUAACGAGAUGGACAGACAGAGGGCAGGUGAGGGCCCAAUAAUAGGAACGAAAGGGUCAUAGCUAAUCCCUGAUGACUGCUUUGGGUUUACCAUCCAGGAAGAAUCAACAUCGCAUUUUUCUUCUUGCCCAUAAGAAAGGCUAACUUUGAAGGCAGGGAGUGGAGCUACUCAGCAUGUCUUUGCAUCCCUCCUCCUUGGCACUGGGUGAGGCAUGACCUUCCCUUUUUAUAGAUGGAGAAAGCACACCCGAAUGGCUGUGAGGACUGUCUUGUCUGCAGGGUGCUCCCCCACACUCCAGCUCUGAACCUUUCAUUGCUUUCCUGAUGCUCCUGCAGGAGGAGGGGGUGCCUCUUCAUCGCCCUCCUGCACUCCUGCUGCCCUCUGUUGAGGUAAACCUUUUCCUGCUUGGCUGCCAGUUCUUCCAUGGUGGACCCUCUUCUUCGUGUGGGUCUCAGCAAGAAUGUCACUUGUCAGAGAAGCCCCAAAUGGAGCACUGAUUUUCUAUGAAAUGACCUUCACAUCUGAGCAGAUGCUGCCCCUUUGUAUCAUUGUCAACAGCCUGCUGUGACUCCCUAGUCUUCCUGACUCUUUCUCCUGAGAGGGCAGAGGGUUCUGCUCACAGCCCUGCACAGAGGACUCUGGUGUCCCUCUAGGUCUUUUUCUUCCAGCACUGCAUCAGCUGUGAUCCCUAGGGGUGGCAGCUUCUUAUAGCCACAAGAAAGAGGGGCAGGACAUGCCUAUUCUUCUACCAUACA